CUUUUUUAUAAUAAAAUUUUAGUUAACAUUUAUUUAUAACAAUAUUAUAUUAUUAAUUACGAAAUUAAUUAAUAUGUUAUUUUAUAAAAAUAUUUAAAUUUUAAGUAAGAUUUUGUUAGAUUCUUUCUCAACAGAUUUUGUUAUAAUUAAAAAAUAAAAUGCAAAGUUAUAGUUGGUUUAUUAUUAAUGUAAAUAAUCAAAUAUGUCAUAUUAACUAUUUCUUUAGGUGGUCCUACUAUGAUUUGCUAAUGGUAGAUAAAUAUAGAACCCUAAAUUAAUAGAUUAGAUGAACAGUCUCAAAUAAUUAGUUAACUUCCUCCACAAGUAAUCAUAUGCAUACUUAUUCAUCGCUCUGUUUCGCUCAAGUCAAUCAAAAUAUUUUUGACCCUACUUCGAAGCAACAAGCAUAGUACUUUAUUUAUUUUGUACACAACAAAUGUUUUGAGUUGUUUCUCGACAGAAUUGACUUUGAAAUAUAGUUUUUAAUAAGAAACAUAAAUAGUGAACUAGGAUUUGAUCCAAAAAAACAAUGAACUAGGAUGAUGAUAGCACACCACUUGCGAAGAGAACGAAGACGAAGGCUCAGUCCACGUGAUCCACAAUUGACCAUUUCCAAAAUACUAGCUGCCAGCAAUAUUGUAGAAUAUAGAAUGCGGUUACUUGCAAAAUCACCUAUUAUUUUAUUAAAACAAAGUUAAGCAAACCGUAAAUCAACAUCUUCUUGUGUGCGUUACAGACUAAACAGCGUGUCACAUCUCUCUAGUCCAAAAAAUGUGACUAAAGAUGUAUGCAAGGUGCUUUUGUUUUACUCUUAAAAUCUGGAAUUAAAAUCAAUAUAUUUCAGUGUCAAAUAAACAUUUAUUUUGUAAACGAAGAUAGGAUGAGAUCAAGGUGAAGAUAAACGGUGAUAUGAAUUUGCAACUGAAAAUUGAAAGUAUCAAAAACUAUUUGAUGUAAAUUUUUGUUUAUAGUUUACAUUAAUACUAAUUUAUUAUUCUGCUACAAAUUAUAAAAUUAUUAUAUUAACAAUUAAUUGAUUAUUUAAUUUUUCUUACGAGCAUUUUUCUGACACUUCUACAUUCACCAAAGAACAGAUUCUUGUUCAUAUGAUGAUUAGAUGAUAAACCAUUAUUUUUAGAAUUUGAACCUAAGAAUUUUCAAUGUACAAUGAUAAUUAAUUUUUAAUAUUUUUAAUUUAUUAUUAAGAUCGACAUGUGUAAUAGUUUGUGUAUCUCUUAGUAUGGCACAACAAUUUUCUUCUUAUAAUGAAAAAUAAAAAUAUCAGUAUAAGAAGAAAAAAAAACAUAUCAUUACAAUAACUUCUCAGUUCUCAUUGGCCACUUGCCAUUAUACCUCUCGAACCCUUCACAGGCUCUCAGAAACCUUCCUCUCUCUUUCCAGUUUCCAUACAUUGUUUGGACAAAUCGGAGAUGGAUUUGCAGAGAGGUUUAAUGUUAUUAUGUUGUGUCCUAACCGUUCUGGUAAUCGAAACGACAGCAUAUCGAGAGAGACAGCUGCUUCAACCGCAGGAAACGGCGAUAGACACUGAAAACGCUUUGGUGGCGGUACAGGAUCGGGGUUUGAAAACGCUGCGGCCGGAGCAUAAGAACGCCUACGCAACGAUGAUGUACAUGGGAACGCCAAGGGACUAUGAGUUUUAUGUUGCGACACGCGUUUUGAUCAGAUCGCUGAGAAGUCUCCACGUGGACGCUGACCUUGUUGUCAUCGCUUCUCUCGACGUUCCUCUCCGAUGGGUUCAAACCUUGGAAGCGGAAGAUGGAGCUAAAGUGGUGAGAGUUGAAAAUUUGGAUAAUCCGUACAGGAGACAAACUAACUUCAACAGUAGAUUCAAGCUUACUCUCAACAAGCUCUACGCUUGGGCUUUGUCUGAUUACGACCGUGUGGUCAUGCUCGAUGCCGACAAUCUCUUUCUUAAAAAGACCGACGAGCUGUUCCAGUGCGGACGCUUUUGUGCUGUCUUCAUAAACCCUUGCAUCUUCCACACUGGCCUCUUUGUCUUGCAACCGUCUGUGGAAGUGUUCAAGGACAUGGUCCAUGAGCUACAAGUUGGAAGAGAGAAUCGUGAUGGAGCUGAUCAAGGCUUUCUUGUUAGUUACUUCUCUGAUCUUCUUGACCAGCCUCUCUUUCGUCCUCCAAGUAAUGGCUCUGUGCUCAGUGGCCAUUUGAGACUUCCGUUAGGCUACCAAAUGGACGCUUCUUAUUUCUAUCUUAAACUAAGAUGGAACAUACCCUGUGGACCAAACAGUGUGAUUACAUUCCCAGGAGCUGUUUGGUUAAAGCCAUGGUACUGGUGGUCAUGGCCUGUUCUUCCACUAGGUCUCUCAUGGCACGAGCAGCGUCGCGCCACUCUAGGGUACUCAGCAGAGAUGCCUUUGGCCAUUAUCCAAGCAGUGUUCUACCUUGGAAUCAUAGUAGUCACACGACUAGCUCGUCCUACCAUAACUAAGCUAUGUUAUCGCCGCUCGGACCGCAACUUAACAACGAUCCAAGCAGGUUUCAAGUUCAUAGCACUUCUCUCUGUAGUCGCAGCCUACGUCUUCCCGUUCUUCACCAUCCCUCACACCAUACACCCACUCAUCGGCUGGUUCCUCUACUUGAUGGCAUCUUUUGCUCUCUCUUCCAUUCCAAUCAACACUCUUCUACUGCCAACGCUCCCUGUUCUCACUCCAUGGUUCGGCAUUUUCGGGACGCUGCUUGUCAUGGCCUUCCCUUGGUACCCUGAUGGAGUGGUGAGGGCGUUGUCUGUUUUCGGAUACGCAUUUUGUUGCGCACCUUUUGUGUGGGUUGCAUUUCUCAAGAUCACGUCGCAUCUCCAGGUUCUGAUUGAAAAAGAGGUGUUGUUUCCGCGGUUGGGAGACUCAGGGACCACUUCUGGGUUCAGCAAAUUGUAUUAGGAGUGUUUAUUUUGACUUAUAUUGGUUCUGUAUAUAAAGGAUUAUUAUUGUUUCAUUCACAUUACAUUUUAUAUCAACUCAAUCUGACCUUAUUUCUUUAACCUGGUCAAAAUUUUCAAUUUUGCUCUUUGAA